AUGAAGCAUGAAAUUGAUAAGCAAUGUUCAUAUGAUUACUGUAAGAUAAAUGACUUUCUACCAUUCUUAUGUAGAUAUUGUAAAAAGUUUUUUUGUAUUAAUCAUCAAAAUGCUGAAGAUCAUGAAUGUAUAGACUAUUUGGAGAUUAAAAAUAAAAUAAGAAUAUGUGAUGAUAAAAAAAUAGCUAUUAAAAAUGAUAAGGAUUUAUAUGUUGUGUGUGAAAAAUGUAAAGCACUUAUAAAGAUAGAUGAAAAUGAAAAUAGAUAUGAAAAUAGUUUCAUAAAUAAUGUAAAAGAAAUAUAUGAAAAACAUGAAAUAAAUGAAUGUAAAAAUAAUGUAAUUUCUCCAAAAUAUUGUUCUUUUAAUGAAUGUAUAUAUAAUAAAUAUUGUAUUAAUUCAAACAACAAUAGAAAAUGCAUAAUAUGUCAGAAAAUUUUUUGUUUCAAUCAUGUAAAUGCAGUAAAUCAUAAUUGUGAAGAAAUGAAAAAAAAGAUGAAUCUAAAAAAAGAAGAAAUAAAAUUAAAAUUUCAAAAAAGAAUAUCCUCUAAUACUUCUAGUACCGUUAGGGACAAUAUAAAAUCAGAGAUUGUUAAUGAUACAUCAAAUGAAAAAAAAAAAAAAUUAGAGGAAAAAAUUUUUAGGAUAAAAAUAAAGUUAACAUCUAUAGGAUUAACAUCAAUAAGUGAAUCUUCUCGAAUAUUUGUAAAAUUAAUUAUUGAUAACUCACUUAUUAUUAUAAAAAAUUCUUUUCAAAUAGAAAAAAAAACGUGUAUGUUUAAAAAUAGAAGUGUUAAUAUAUGGUUAAAUGGAGAUAUAACCAUUGGAAACAAUAUUGAAUUAUUAAGUGAAAUAUUUAAAGCUGUUAUAUUUUCAAAAAAUGAAAAUAAUUUUUUUUUGUAUAAAAUUUUAAAAUACAGAGAUGGAAAGUUAGCAUUUAAUGAUAACGAAUUGUACUUUUUAGAUUGUUCCUCUUUUUGUCGUAAUGUUUUAAGUGAUGGUGAUACUAUACUUAUAAAAUAA